ACAUAAGAGCCAAUGCAAAAGUCAAUUGAUGCGCAUAAGUAGCGCCACCUCUAAUGAUUACGGAGAGUUACCAUAAGUCGUAUGCAAUUGAUGUUGAGAAAAAGAAGAAGAAGUAGACAUUCUAUUCAUUUACAUGGCAAUAAUGACAAUCAGUAGAGAUGGUGCUCAUGUGCCGAUCAUAUCACUGUUACAACCCUUCGUUCAAAUAAAACAAUGAUUUUCAAGUGGUCUUGUUGAAAUAUUUCGGCGAUUCUUUUUCACAUACAUAAUUUUUCGCGAAAAGGGCUCGAUUGUGAAUUCAAAACUUUUCACGUGAAAAGUAAUAUUCAUCAGCUCAGAACAACAAUACAAAAUGAAAUACACGCAUACAUAGUCGACAGUGAACAGGCUCACACUAUUUUCCAGCCAAGCACGAAUUUCCGGAAAUGGCAACUGCAAUGGAUAUGGAUACGCAAUUGCCGUUCAGACCAUUUUCUCUUGAUACGCGCAAAUGUAUGGAUAGUGAAAAUAGAAACAGACACAUGGAAUUCUUUACAACGUUCCUUGGCGGGUUGAACAUGAAUAAAUACGGUCAAUGGUUGAGAGAUGUGACCUAUAAGGAGCUAUUAAAUAUCAAUGACAAUUUUUGGACCGUCGUUGAGGAAAAUAUAAUUGUGGACGAAAAUGGAACAAUAUCUAAGCCAACCGAAGGUGGAAAAAUGCAAUUUAGUAGAAUCAUCGCACACAUGAAGCAACGGGACGAGAAAUUGUUGGAAUACAACAAAGAAGUUGUAGACAGCGUUAACAGCAUUAACAUCAUCAAGGUUGAGAAGCUCGACGAGAUUUUAAAAUACCUUCUCAGAAUUUCAAAUUAUCCGAUGGAACCCGCGACGAAUGGAAAUGUCGCCGGGUACAUCUGCAAGAUUCUCGACAAUGUAUUGCACAUCCUACAGAACAGUCCGCACACAAGAGUUAAUUACUUCUUCACAAUUUGUGCCAUCAUUCUCGAUUUGAUUUGUGGAUUGAAUUAUGUGCCGUUCAAAGACGAAUACCGUACGUUAAACCGAAUGGCUCGAAAGCUGGACCUCAUAGCAAAACAAACCGACAACCUCGAAUACAUUCAUGGCCAAGGCGAAAACGAAGAAGAAAUAAAGAAGAACAAAAUGGACAAAUUCCAUUUGGUCAAAUAUUUUUAUCUAACACCGAAAGGCGUCUGGCAAGCAAAACAAGCGAAAAAUCUCAGAGCCAAAGCUCAUCAAACUUUGACUGAGUUCAUGUCACCAAAUGAUGCUGCUGUGGCCAUCGUUGCCGAUCCGUUUGAUGUACCUUAUGCUGAACCGCGUGGACAUCAAUCGGAUGCUGGUUCUUCGGUCUCUGUCGCCCCCGGACAUCCAUCGGAUGCUAGUUCUUCGGUCGAUGCUGCUGUGGCCAUCGUUGCCGAUCCGUUUGAUUCCACUGAUUGCGUGACACUCGAAUAAUGUUCAAACUAAUCUUAAGACUCAUUCAUUUAGAACAUUCAUAGAAUGCUCUCACAAACGGUAGACUCUAUUGAUGUCACUCUUCGAAUAAAACAUCCAAUAGAAUACAAUGUAAGCGAUCGCCUGAUACUGAUACUCGAAUGUUGAAACUAAACUUAAGACUAAUAUUCAUUUAGAACAUUCAUAGAA